CCCACACCCAGCACACGGCAACACUUGCCAACUCGGCUGCCGGCAAGAGAGUGAGCGCGCGCAUCGACCGCCGCCUGCGCAUUGUGCGAUGAAGGCGGCCAAUCUGCAGCACCAUUGGAGAACCUGAAAUACUAAAUGCACCAAGCAGAGGGUCGGCCGGCCAGUGGAAUGCGAAUCCCGCGCGGGCAGACUGCGUCGAGAGCGUCGAGCGUGGACGGCAAAUGGCCGGGCCAUCCACCAUGCUGGGCUCCUCGGCAACGCCCACCCAGAAGUCCUAUGUCUCGCAGACACAGCAACAGCAGCAACAGCAGCAGCAGCAACAACAACAACAACAACAACAACAACAACAACCGCAGCUGGCGGGUGCUGCGAGCUCUCGGCCGAGCUUCGAACGCGAUGCCCUGCAGCCUCCAGCCCCCAAUGGCGGCCGCAAUCUCUCGGCCUCCGCCGUGAAUUUUGCCUCGCGCGGCCCGUCGCUGAACCCGUCUCCCAUGCCCGGCAGCUUCAGCUCCGAGCUCCGCAGCCAGAUGAACGUCUCCCGCGCAGGCUCGCGACUCGACUUGUUCCCUUCGCUCGAGAAGCUGGACGAGGACGAUGGCCCGACCCAGGAAAAGACGCUCGCGUACUUGCGCGAGGCCCUCAGCCGCGAGAUGAAGAUCAAGGAGGGCAGCGAGAACAUGUUGGAAGCGCUGAACUCUAAGAAAGCGAAGCAAACCAAGGAGCAGCGGCAGAGAGUCGAGGCAGAGCUCAACUCCUCCAACCUGCGCAUCAAGGAGCUGCGCCAGAAGCUCGCCGACGCCCAGCGCGCCAAGGCUGUCCCGACGACGCCGACCAGGACGAGGACGGACGGUCUGUUCCCGGGCGCCAAUGGCUUGCGCUCCCCGCCCAGCGCCUCGAGGAGCGGUGUCGGAUCCGAUGUCGACGAACCCACCGAGUCGCCCACCUUCGCCCUCACCGAGAUCCUGCAGGCUUUGGAGGUCGCGGGGAUGACGCCGGACUACUACGUGUCCAGGGCAAACAGCCUUGUCGACCUCUUCAAGCGGCAUCCGACGCUCAAGUACGACCUUGUGUGGUCCGUCUUCGGCCUCCGAAUGCAAGCUUUGCUGCUGAGCGACAGCCGCGAGGUGGUUGCCGCCGGGUACAGGAUGAUACGAUAUGCCAUUUCGGACAUCAACUCGCUGAGAAACAUCCGGGCGCUCAAGACUGAUUACCUGGUGACGUGGUCUCUGGUCAAAGACCGCAAAUCAGACGUCGAACGUGAGCAGGCCCUCAAGCUCGUGCGUGCCUUCCUUGACGUUAAGGACGGCGUCCGCGAGAUCUCGAGAGCCGUCGUUCGCUCGAUCGCUGCGGCCGCCGAGGAGCCUGAGGACAGACUCCGGCCCAUCUGCCUCGAGACGCUCGCCGAAAUCUUAGUCCGCGACCCGCAGCUGCUGAUCGCCUCGGGGGGCAUGUCUGCGUUGCACGAAGCGCUGGCGGAUGGUUCGUACAAGGCGUCCGAGAGUUUGACAGGUGCCUUUCUCUAUCUCCUCGACGCUCCCCAUCGACGCAAAUACUUGCGGCCUGGGAGCGAGCUCGAAGUUCUUUUUACCGCCUUCACCGACGAGCUGGCGUCCAACGAGCGGUUUCUGAAACAGAGCGCCAAGUCCGUAGCGUCGGCUCUCAAGACGUGGUCGGGUCUCAUGUGCUUGUCCAUGUACAACUUCCGUGCCAUCAAAUCCAUGAUCACGAGCAUGGUUGUCCAGACGGGGCCCAUCCAAGAGACCAUUCUUGAUCUCAUCUUCUCGCUCCUGCGCAUCAAGCCCCCAGCGUGGGCAACCUCGUUCCUGGCCGGCCGUCGACUCACCACCUACGGCCGUGUGGCGAACCUCAAGUCGACUACGACCAAGGCCUCUCACAGCGAGUUCGAAGAAGACGUAGGAGAGCAGAACUUUCUGGAGCAUUACACCGCUCUUCUUCUCGCCGUCUUCAUCAAGUCCGGUGUCGUUCAGGCCCUUCUUAAGCUCAGCCGGGACAACAAGAACCCGACGCUCAAGCGGAAAUCGACUCUCCUGAUAGGAGAGAUAUUGAAACUGUCAAGUCGACUGCUCCCACCCUCCUGGAGCAGCGAGUUGCAGUUGCUUCCCGAGUUGUUCGUCUCGGCGGCCAGGCUCCAAGACGAGAGUCACUUUUCGGCCACCGGGGUCGUUUACCAGAUAAGCAGCGUCAGCAAGACGCUGUACAGGUCAUCUCCCUCGGCUUACCUCCCUUCUGCGCACCACCACAUGGAGCUUGGUGCGCUCGACGAGCAUCCCAAAAGCAACGCUUCCAUGAACUUCGAUGACGGCACUUUUCGGCAGCUCCUGCUCGAUUCAAAUGUGCUAAACAGCUCCAACUACACAAAGUGGAAUUGGGACGUCAUUCUCAGACUCAUCGAAGGACCGCUUACCAGCGGCAAGAGGCUGGAAGAAGCCAUCAAGGCAUCCAAGUUCAUAAAACGGAUCAUGAGCUUCUACCGCCCGUUCAAGUUCAAGUUCUCCGAGAUCAAGAGCUCACGAACUUCCCAGAAGUACGUCCGGACCGGGUGUGCCCUCAUGCAUGCCCUGCUUCAGAGCCCCGAGGGCGUCAGGUAUCUUUCCGACAACAAAAUGCUGCGGCAGAUCGCCGAAUGCUUGGCCCAGUGCGAUCCCACGAGCGGCUUGACGGCCCAGGACCCCAUGUUCUCCAAGGACCGGCUCGCCGACACACUGUGCGGCGGGUAUUUCCCAAUGCUUGGCAUCCUGAGUGGGGAUGCCAAAGGCAUGCAGAUGUUGGACCGCUGGCGCAUAUUCAACAUGAUAUACCGCAUCCUUGACCUCAAGCAGCGGCCAGACCUCAUCAAGCUUAUGCUCGCCAACUUUGACUACUCUCUCCAGGGGCAUCCCCGGGUGUUGUUGUCGAAAGCUCUGACCGCCGGGACGAAGGACAUCCGGAUAUAUGCGACAAAUACGCUAAGGAAGUAUGUGACUCACCCGCAGCUGGCGCCUCAAGGCCAGGGGGCGACCGAUUCAAAGUGGGCGAUCCAGCUUCUCGUGACGCAACUGUACGAUCCCGAGGUCGAGGUGUGCGCGACUGCGGUCAAGAUACUCGAGAAGGCCUGCAACACAAAGAACCACCUCGAGUACAUCGUCGAAUGCCGGCCAGCGCUCGAUCAUCUGGGCGAGAUAGGAGCUCCCCUGCUCUUGCGCUUCCUCUCGACGUCGAUCGGCUACCACUAUCUAGAUGGGCUGGACUACAUCAGCAACGAGAUGGACGACUGGUUUCUGGGCCGGAAUGACUCGUACGUCAGCGUCAUCGAGGCGAGCCUCGCGCGCGCAUUUCUCGACCACCCCCAGGACGACCACACAAACCGGCUCAGCGUGUUUGAUGACGAGGAGGAAAUAGAGGCCGACAGCCAUGUCCCGCCACACUUCUACCGCGAACUCACUCGGACGCAGGAGGGAUGCAAACUCCUCAGCGAAAAGGGCCACUUUGACGAGUUUGUGGCGACGAUCCGCGAGCAUGGCAUGCAGUCGGACGACCCCGAGAUGAUCGUCAAGGUCAAGGGGUGUCUCUGGGCGGUGGGCAACGUCGGCUCGAUGGAACUUGGCGCUCCGUUCCUCGAGUCGUGUGACGUGGUCGAACAGAUUGUCAACAUUGCCCAGAACCACGAGAUCAUGAGCCUGCGCGGGACCGCCUUCUUCGUGUUGGGCCUCAUCUCGCGCUCAAUCCACGGCCUCGAGAUCCUCUCGGAGAACGGCUGGGACGCAAAUACAAACAUCCUGGGUCACUCCCUCGGCCUGUGCAUCCCCACCGACCUCUCCCAGCUUUUCUCCCUCCAGCCGUGGCAGCAUACGCCCGUGACCAGCAUCGAGCUCCCCGACAGCCAAAAGACGGAAACCGCCAAGGUCCCCGCGGUGCCGUCCCGGCCGCGCUCCGAAUCGCUCAUCAAAGCGCUGCAAGAGGCCGAGCAAGAGGCGGCCGGCUCGGACGGACAGCCCGCGGCGUCCGAGCUGCUCCCGCCGCCCGUCGAGCUCGACCCGGACCCGACCAACCAGCGCAUCCUCGAGCUGGUCAUCGACAUGUCCAACAUGGUGCUGUACCGGCGGGCGCGCAACGAGCUGAUGCAGAUCAAGACGCAGAAGCGGGCGGCCGGGUUCACGCAGCCGCACCUGUUCCGCAAGGUCAUGUCCCUGCUCGAGUGCCACCACUACCGACUGGCGGACCGGAACAUGAUUGUCGGCCUGUUCGAUAAGAGCGUGCUGAGGGCGGUGGUGUACGGGGAGGACGAGAGCGAGGGUGGCGAGGGCAGCGAGGAGGACAGUGAGGAGGAGGAAGGGGAGGAAGAGGAGGAGGAGGAGGGAAACGGCGGCGGAGGUGGCCGGCAGAGCGAUAGCGACGACGAGCAGGAGGCGGAGCACGAAGAAGAGGACGAUGACGACGACAAUGACCAGGAGGACGAGGAGGAAGAAGGGCGUGAUGACGAGGAUGAGGACGAGGAUGGGGAAAGCUCCGGUGAUGACCAGCGCACGGAGCGGCAGCGGAGCGUGAGUGACCCGGCAGAUCUCAAGGGGCGGGGCGUCAGCACAGCGUUCGGUCGGUAGCUGGGUGACGGCGUCAUGUGUUCAUUUUCCUCUUUUUUUUCUUUUAUUUGGUGUCAGGAUAUCCAUGAAGAUAUGUGCAAGCAUGAAUAGCGGACUCGAGACACGAGUCGGCGUCGGCUGUAUUUCAAGAAGAUGCAAAAGGGUUCGUGAUGGCCCCAGGGGAGCGAGGUGGUCAUGGUUAUGUCGGAUUUGCAUAUAUCGGGAGUGGAGGGCCCGGUCUGUCGGAUGAGGAGGUUUGGGAAAGGGGCCGGCGUUUAGGCAUCCGACCUGUGUGAUUGGGCGUCUCUCCCAUCGGUCUUGUGUACACUAUCUGGUGAUGAAGAUUUCUGUCGUGAUGACGGGUGGAAUCUGCAAAUGGACUUCAAUGAACUCGCCGAGGCUCCAAUCCUGCUUGUCCCACCGCGGUCUCUGUGACCCCACUAUUAUUCCCCGCUCUUUGUCGAAUG